UCUUACGCUCCAAAAGUAUUCCAUACUUAUACAGCCAAAGUUUCAACUGGUCAAUCUUCUGGACUCCCUUCAAUUUUCUCCUGAGUAACUUGAUUCUCUUCUUGUUUCCUUCUUCUGAUUAAUUUUCAUAUAUGCAGUUGAACAGCAUUGUUGACAGUCUGAAGGACAGUGAACCUUUUCUGGAUUCAGUGCUUCUGCAUAUGGGGAGCAUGUACUCAACUUUAAAAAAGUUAGAGAAAUCAGUGUCUGCGUACAAAAGGGCUAUUGACAUCAUAGAGAAGAAAAGUGGCCAAGACAGUAGCUUUCUCAUCACUCCAAUUUUAGGGAUGGCCAAAGUUCUUGGUACCAAUGGAAGAACUACCAAAGCAGUAGAGUGUUACCAUCGUGCAAUUUCAAUUUUGGAAUCAACCAGAGGCUUUGAGGACGAGGAUUUGGUUAUACCUUUAUUUAGUCUGGGCAACCUUUUGCUCAAAGAAGGAAAAGGCAAGGAUGCCGAAACUUGUUUUGCUAGGAUUAUGAACAUAUACAAAAAGUUAUAUGGAGAGAAAGAUGGAAAAGUUGGAAUGGCUAUGUAUUCUCUGGCUAAUGCGAAGUGUGCAAGAGGGGAAGCAGACGAAGCUAUUACCUUAUAUAGAAGAGCUUUGCAGAUUAUAGAGGAUUCAAAUUAUAUGGCUUUAGAUGACAGCGAGAUGGAGAAGAUGAGGAUUGAUUUGGCAGAACUACUACAUGCUGUAGGAAG